AUGGCCGGAAGAGCGUCGACCUCGUCGCAUUACAAUGUUCCAUAUGAUCCGAGGGAAUGGGUUGAGGGCAGUCGGAGGUCGUCGAUGGUUGUGGAAACUCGACCUACGGAAGGUCAACCCGAAGAUGGCAUGUCAAAUCCUCCACCACCGUAUACUGCUCCGCAAGCUCGAGAGGCUGUUGUCACAAGUGGCAGCUCCACCGUCUCUCCUGCAGAUUCAACGUUUACCGGCGGGAAUCAAUCCAGGAUAGGCACACCUGCCAGCACUGUGGGUGUGGUAUCGCCAUUCACACAGUUACCGUAUUCCUUAGACAAUGGCAGCGGUGUCCCUUCGAGUUUUCCCAAAGUGACUCAGCAUUCGAGCAGUGCAGCUCGAGUCACUGGCAUCGAUAGUCGAAUAGCUCGAAUCACCAUGGGCAUGGACCAUGUUGACGCUCGGUCGUCGCCCGCAGUUGCUGUUGCGAGGCCAGCUUCGAUAGCGAGUCUUUCGAUCAAUACUGCCGCUGCUCAGAAAAGCUUCUUGCCUGCUAUACUACAAGAUGGCGAAAACGUUCCUGGAGCGUUCCCUCCAUCUUCGAGAAGAGCCGCGUCUGCUGGUGCAACCUCUUCGCAUACCUCAAGUAGCCAAGGCUAUGGAGGCUCUACAUCAAGAUCGUCAUCGAAACAGCGUAGUUGGCAACCCGGAAUGCCUCUACCUGGCCCACCUCCUGGGCCCCCGCCACCAGCCACUAGAUCACAGAGUGCAACGGGAGUGCGAAUGUUGUCUCAGGGUCAAGCAUCAGGAUCAAAUACUCGUUCUCAUCAUCGAGCAUCCGUUCAUGCUCCAGUUCUGAGUCCAAUGCCGCCUACGCCAGCUAAUUGGAGGGACGACUCGACUUCGCGAUCCAAUUCCCGAGCUCCAAUAGCGCUCCACAUCGAGACUUCCAACUUGGAUCGCAGUAGCGUCAACACAGCUGGCUUAAGUCGAAGCGCGGCGAUGCGAGUAUCUUCUGCCAGGGGUCUUCUUGAGCGGCGAAAACAUAGACGCAGCCUCCAUGAGGGAUCUCAAACUGAUUUCAGUGCGCUGACCAUCGAGACAGAUCCAUGGCUGGAUGGUAGAAGUCCCGGUGGGAUUAGUACUGAUCAGUCCCCAACACUUGAUUCCCUUCUGUCGGGGCCAUCUACACCCGCGACAGAUCGCAGAGGCUCUCAUACAGGCUCCCGUACAGGUUCCCGUACAGGAUCCAGCAAGCCGCUUACGCCUCUUUUACCCCCUAAAACACUCCCAACCCCUCCCCUGAGCCACAGAAAUCCCAUGUCUGCCCACAGCGCUCUCCCUUCCAAUGCUUCGUCAGUUGGCGAUAUUGUACCGGGUGGAACCGAAGAAUUCACCAGGGAGGCCUCUCGUCGACACGAGGAGUUCCUCCUUCGCGAAAGCCAAGCAACUACAGAUCUGGAGCGUUUGCAACUUUUCAUGGCUUUCGUCGUUGCAGAGUCACAGAUCCGAAGAGAAAGGUAUCGUUCAGCAUUUGUGGAUGGGGGUUUUGAUCCAUCGAUCUUAAAGGCGCAAAUGUUCCAGGAGGUAGCCAUUGAGGGAGCACCGACUUCUGCUUUUGACAAGGAUCGGGCUUUCCUUGGUAGCCAAAACCCAGAGACAUCAUGGUGGAAAGAAUAUCGCCCGGCGCUGUCUCCGAUAGCGAGCAUGAGCAAUGAUGAAGCUAGCUCUCGAGGCCGAACUGCAAGUCGCUGGUGGCAAUCUCAAAGCGGUUCAGAAGUUGAGGGCGGACCCAAAAAGAUGAAGAGAUCUAAGAGGGAAUCCAAAUACAUGGGGUUACCCGCGCUUUCGGUUCAAGAGGUAUUAUCUGAAGCUGACACGCCUACCAAUCUCGACGAGCUGUAUAGGGGUGAGGACGUGUACCCUGCAGAAAAAGCCGACCCAGAGUCAUUCGGCAUCUAUGAAGGUGAUGAGAUCGAUCCGACCUUUGACAAAACGUCCGAAAAUACGUACGAGCCCACUGCCAUGGACAUCUCCAGGUUCAUCACCCUUCCACCUCCGUACCCGAGGCAUCACCCAGCUGUCAAUAACAGCCAUCCUAAGUUGAUAACAUACCGGAACGCCGUCCGAAAAUUGAGCGAUCUCGGUGAGAUACAGCGACGGAGAGGUCGGCAUGAUCUCAGCGUCGAGGCACUGCGAGCAGAACACCAACGGAGAAUGUCAGAAGGGCGACAAGCAUUCAAAGCGAAUAUCCAGCAGCAAAUCGAAGAGGGCAGCAUUACCUAUGCAGAUGCGGCAGAAGCCGAACACGCCUUGCGACUAGAUGAGCGUGCCGCCGAGAAGGGAUGCCUCCAAGCCGAGUUUGAUACGCUUCAGGACGUGGUCAUAAAUCCGAUGCAUGACAUGCUAAAUGAGCGGGCGACACAACUUAACAACAACAUUAAUGACUUGGUGGAAAAUCUUGUAGCGGAAAUGCACACUUCGAACUUGGACCGACCCCAGCAAGAGGGAGAUGCGACGCCUGAAAUUCUCGAAUAUCUCACGCAACUCAAGUGGUUGUUUGAGACUCGAGAAACCAUUCACAAGGAAAUUUUUGAUCUUUUGAGCACACGAAACGACAAGUACAAGGCAAUUGUGUUGUUACCCUACCAUCAAGCCGGUAAUUUGGAAAAGAUUCGAGACACCGAGGACUUUUUUGCGCGAGAUAGCCUCGGCCGUCGAAGGAUUUUUUGCGAAGAGUCUCUUGACCGUCAUCGGAACUUUGUCCGACUCGUCGCCGAGAACGUCGGGCAAGAGGUGGAAUUGCAAUCGUCAUCGUUCUGGGACAUCGCGCCCAAUCUACUCGAGAUGGUACAGAAGAUCCCAGACGAGAUGUACCAACUGGGUCCGAUCGCAAUCCCGGAUUCCGAGUAUCUGGAGAACCCCACGUAUCACGAAUACCCUCAGCAGUACUUGUACACUCUCCUCGACCACGCGGAGAAAUCCACGUACCAGUUUAUUGAAUCUCAGAUCAACCUGCACUGUUUGCUGCACGAGGUGAAAGGGGUACUCAUAGGGGCGGAAAUCCGUGCUGCAGAGGCCGCGAGGGCUUGUGAGCAACUUGUCAAUGAUGGGCCCUCGGAUGAUAAGGCAGACCCGAGACUGGCAAGAGAAGAACGAGAAGCGUCGGCGACGGCUGAGCUUAAGCAGCAAGUUGGCAUGAUUGAGGAACAGUGGCUGGAUGCGCUAGGUAGUGCGUUGCAAGGCAAGAAGAAACAGGUGCACGAGUUUUUGGAGAGUAUUGGUGGAUGGGAUGAAUCCAUGCAAGAGGAGGGAUGAUUUGGGAUACAUGUGUAAGUAUGAGAGAUGCCAAUUGAUAUGAUACAUAUGAUGACGAUGAAUGGAUUAAUGGGGCCUACCAGUAAUGGGUCAAUG